GCAUCCCCCGGUCCCUCACGCCGGGUGGUACCGCGACGGGAAUGACGGUGAACACACCGCUGUGCUUUAGAGGAAAGAAGAUCCUGGCUCCAAUGGUGCGCGUGGGAACACUGCCAAUGCGUCUGCUUGCUCUGGACUAUGGUGCCGAUAUCGUGUACUGUGAGGAGCUGAUUGACAUAAAGAUGCUGCAGUGUAAGAGGGUUAUAAAUGAGGUACUUGAAACAGUGGAUUUUGUUGCACCUAAUGAAAGAGUUGUUUUCAGAACUUGUGAAAGGGAGAGAGAACGUGUUGUCUUCCAAAUGGGUUCAGCAGAUGCUGAAAGAGCCCUGGCAGUAGCUAAGCUUGUAGAGAGUGAUGUGGCUGGUAUUGAUAUCAACAUGGGAUGCCCAAAAGAAUAUUCUACCAAGGGAGGUAUGGGAGCAGCACUGCUGUCUGAUCCUGACAAAAUAGAGUCUAUAUUGACCACCCUUGUUAAAGGAAUUUGUAAACCAGUAACCUGCAAAAUCCGCAUUUUGCCCUCAGUUGAGGAUACUGUGAACCUGGUGAAGAGAAUAGAGAAAACUGGCAUUGCUGCCAUUGCAGUCCAUGGAAGGAAGAAAGAGGAGAGGCCUCAGCACCCUGUCCACUGUGAUGUGAUCAAGGCCAUAUCUGAAGCUGUCUCCAUUCCAGUAAUAGCAAAUGGAGGCUCUCAUGACUUCAUCAAAGAAUAUGCAGACAUUGAGACCUUUGAGAAAGCAACAGCUGCCUCAUCAGUCAUGAUUGCUCGUGCUGCCAUGUGGAACCCCUCUAUCUUCAGAAAAGAUGGCUUUUGCCCCUUGAAGGAUGUCAUGCAAGAUUACAUCAAAUAUGCAGUGAGAUAUGAUAAUCACUACACCAACACUAAGUACUGCUUGUGUCAGAUGUUAAGAGAACAGCUGGAAACUACUCAGGGUAAGAAGCUCCACGCUGCACAGUCCACACAGGAGAUCUGUGAAGUCUUUGAAAUGGGUGACUUCUAUGAAGAAAUCACAGCUAUUUUUGAAGCAAAGAAAACAUCUUUAGAAACUAAGACACAAGAUGAAGAUGACCAAAUGGAAGAUCCAGAUGUAAUAAAAAUGGCUGUUAGAUUUGACAAGCGAGAAUAUCCACCACAGCUCACUCCAAAAAUGUAUCUGCUGGAAUGGUGUAGGAAAGAAAAGCAUCCUCAGCCUGUUUAUGAAACUGUUCAAAGACCACUGGAUAGAUUAUUCUGUUCAGUAGUGACAGUAGCUGACCGAAAAUACCGAUCGACUCUGUGGGACAAGUCCAAGAAACUGGCAGAACAGGCUGCUGCUAUUGUCUGUCUGAGAACCUUGGGUGUGCCAGAGGGAAAGCUCUGUGAGGGAGAAAAUCACCUGAUUACCAAACGCAAGAGGGGAGACCAGGAGUUCUUGAUUAGCAGAGACCAUGGAGAGGAUCUUGCUGAGCCUUCCCAUAAAAAAGCGAAUUUUAUUGAAGAAACUUCUGACACGGCUGUGCCGAAGAUGCCACGAUAGCAUGGAAAUGAGAGGCUUCAUGCCUAUGCAGAUACAAAUGAGCUCCUGUUUGUAUAUCUUGCUGUUCACAUUUCAUUUGGAUUCUCUCAGAAACAGAUAAAUUUCCCAGUUGUGAAAAAUGCCACUGAGAUGUUUACUGUUCACCACUCACUGUCCCUAUGGUGCCUUUCAGAUAGGAACUUGAUUUUAAAGAACAUGGAGAAAUUAA